AUAUUUCCUCCCAGUUGAAUUUGGGUUAGAGUUUCGACGAUGAAGAACUUCGCAAUGACGUUUUUUGCUAUGGCCUUGCUUUUGGCAACCCUGGAAGCUGAUGGAAAACGGCUGGCCAUGGAGAAGGAUCACCAGCUGGGUCGAAAGGCCGAUGUUGGAGCUAAAGAUGAUAAAAAUCCAACUGCAAACAGGGGUGUAGCAACAGGAAGAACCGCAGAAGAUAAUUCUGCUGUAGGCCUACUCGAUUCCCAGGAAGAAAAUGAUUUGUCCAGUAGUCAAACCACCCACCAUUACUAUACAAACAAAACGAACCCUUACGCUCCGCGUCUUGUUCCUCUAAAGGAUUCCAAAACUGGCAAGCCUUGAAGCCGAGCUAGCCAUGCUAUGCUAUACAGCUUGGUUUGAAAGGUCAGAAACCGAUAUCGAUAUGGAGAGAGCUCUAGUACGUAAAUAUGGUGUGCCUGAGAAUAAAAGUGGAAAUCGACAUGUUAGAAUAAACCCUUAAAGCAUAUAUUACAUAUAUGAACAUGUUAAUGUUUUCCAUAAGAAAAUCACUGUGUGAAAGAAGUGUG